GUUAAGUCGGACACUUCCUGGAGACGGGCUGGUGACUGUGUGUUAUUGGGGGAGGGCAGAAAGGGAGAAGAAGAACAGCAAGUUUUUGGUACAGGAAGUGGGUGCUCAGCCUGUGACACCCUUAACCCCCGCGACGGCAGGAAGUUGGCGAUAGGCGGCGGGGUUGUUAGUUUUAAUUUUGGGGUUGGGAGUGGUGGUCAGCGGAGGGUCUGGUUUUGAGAGCUGGCGGCCGGCCAGACAGGGUGGAGGUGGAGUGAGAGUUGGCCCCCCCCAGGAGCUGCAGCAAGCCCUCCCUGCUGAAGUUGCUGCUGGAGGAUUCGCCACGUCACGGUCCUGGUGCUUCCCCUCCACCUCCUUAAUCUGCUCCACUUUCUCCCUCAACACCCGCUUGUUUGAAUUUAUUUUGCAUCCCAUUCCACACCUUGUUCCAUUUGCUGCAUCCUUCACGCUUUUACCUGCAGACAAACUUUGAUUUGUUUCCUUUUCCUUUUGUUUUUCUUUAUCACUGCACGCUGAAUUUUCAGAACCCUGUUUUCUUUUGGGCGCUAUUUGUUUUGUGUUUUAUCGCUUAAUAAGCUUUUGAUUUUUAAACUAAUGUUCCCAUUUUCUUAUCCAGCUUUAUCUGCCUUAUUUCAUUGUACUUGACCUAGUAAAUUUCCUUUGCUAUAUAUAACUUGUACUGAAUGAUCACUUAAUCGAUUGCGUCCCAGGAGAGUUUUGUGUGGUAGGGUAGUAUUAUUUUCCUCGCACUCCAGUUUGUUUUUUCCUUACAAGCCCCUGUAGAAUUUUUAAAACUUGCAAUAACGUUCAAACUAGCAGGGUCAGUUUUCUGUUCGGAAAUGACAAGAUGGGGUUUAGAACAUAAUGUUCGAUACUUGGUUUACUAAAGUAUUCAGUAGGCGGCUGUUUCCUGUUUAUGUGUAUCUGUCGUUCACUGACUGUUAAUUCUCAAACGUCGGAAAGAAACAAGCCAAGAAGUCUCACCUGUCUUAUAACCGCACUUUGAGAUUCUGCGAUACCUUUUUCAAAACAAAAAUCUGUUUAAACAUGGCUACUUCAAACUGGGGCCUCAUCAUGAAUGUGGUGAACAGUAUCGUGGGAGUGAGUGUGCUCACCAUGCCGUUCUGCUUCAAACAGUGUGGAAUUGCAUUUGGUGUUGUCCUGCUCCUCUUCUGUUCCUGGAUGACUCAUCAGUCCUGCAUGUUUCUAGUGAAGGCAGCGAACACCAGCAAGCGCAGGACGUACCCAGGCCUUGCUUUUCAUGCCUAUGGAAAAGCAGGCAAAAUGCUGGUUGAGACCAGCUUGAUUGGUUUGAUGUUGGGUACCUGUAUUGCUUUUUACGUCGUUAUUGCUGAUUUAGGAUCCAAUUUCUUUGCUCAAUUGCUUGGACUUCAAGUAACACCAGGAUUUCGAGUGUUCUUGCUAUUUGCAGUCUCUGUAUUUAUAGUGCUGCCACUGAGUUUGCAAAGGAACAUGAUGGCCUCGAUCCAGUCCUUCAGUGCUAUGGCUCUCAUAUUCUACACACUCUUCAUGUUUGUUGUCUCCUCAAAAUCUUGUUUCAAUAAGAUCACUGAAGGAGGCGAGGAUGGUGAAAAACAUAUGGAUCAUAUAGUUCUACUGAAGGUGAUUAAAGAACAACAGCAACAGCAAAAACGGCUUUUGGACCAACAGGAGAAACUGUUAGCUGUCAUUCAGGAACAGCACAAGGAAAUUCACCAACAAAGAAUCGAUGAGGACAAAGGACAGCAGGACAAUGAAAACCCUGUGAAAGAACAAGCGGCUGAAGAAAUUGAAGAUCAGGUGAAAAAUAUUGACACUCUCAAUGGGCAGAAGGCAGAGAAACCUAACGUGAUCAAUGCUGAUUCCCAGAUUGAUUCUGCCAAAUUUGGUCAGGAUCUACCAGCAGUUGAUCACCGUAAGGAUGGUGUUGAGCCUAAAGAUACUUUGCAAGAAGUUCGGGGUAAUGUCCCAGAUAACCAGGAUCAAAUUCUUGCUUCUAAACAGAAGGCUGGAAUUAGAACUAAUGUUGAAUAUCACAAAGGUGCUCAAUUUGUCCUUCAGUCUAGAGACAACUUUAAAGAAGACCUCCAAAAAAAUGAGGCCGCAAACCUUCUAUCAAAAGGAAGAGAUGGUGAACGGCUGGUGCCUCACCUUGAUCCUGAAGUCCCAAAAGCAGUUGCACAUGUUGAAGGAGCUAAACCUAUCCAAGAACACGGAGUGAGAAAUCCAAAUGUUCCUUUGAAUAAUAUUGUUAAAAUUGAAAAGGAAGGACCUGAACCUGGAGAAAGACAUCCAAAUGUUCCAGACAAUGAGACCAAAGUCCCAAAAAUUUCUGAAAAUCUUGGUAUUAAAGCAAAAUCAAAAGAAGAGGUUCAUCAGAUUGAAUUGGAAGGUGAGACCAAGCCUUUAAAAGCGGAAGAAGCAGAAAAACAUAGGAAUGAGAAUAUGAACGGCAGAGAUGGGGAUACAUUCCAGGAAAAACCUAAUCAACCAGGACACAUUGAAAACAGGAAGGAAAAGAUCCAGUGGCCUGUGAAUGCAGAUAAAGGUCACAAAGAUAGAAGGGAAAAUCUUAUCAACAGAGCACAAAGUCUUGAUGAAAAGAAAAUUGAGGAAGAACAGAAGGCUUUAAAGGGAAAUAUUAAUCUUCAACGCGCAGACCCAAAUGCACCAUCAAACCAUAAUGAAAAGAAUCCAAGCCAGAAGGAUGGUGAGCCAUAUAAAGAUUUGAAACUUGACGGAGGUGGUGACCUCCGUAGAAAAAAGAGAGACCUAAGGUCAAGCAUGGAUGAAAGCUAUCAAAGUGACAAUGGUAAGUUGAUCAUCAGCCUUGAUCCAGUGCCAAACUUUAAAACCGAUAAUCUCCGAAGUGCACUGGAGAGUCAACUAAAACAAGUAGCAGGAGCAUCAUUUCAGAUAAUUCAAAGUCGAAAGAUAAAGCAAGUGACAGAUACAGAAAAAGAUACAUGAUUCAACAUUUCCAACCCGUUGCACUUCCAGAGGGAAUCUGUUUUGAAAUGCAAAUAAUGACAUAUCCUGGAUGGUAUUAAGCUACUUUGGUGUCCUAUGUGCAGCUUACACAGUGUCACAUCUGCAUUGCAUUGUGUGAGCAAAGUCUGCUGAACACAAAUCAAUUAAAUUGGACUUCAGUGAGAAUUCUGAAAUAAGAUCAAAUGAAUUCCGAGAAAACCAAAUAGAUAUCAGAACCUAGUUGCCUGCUGAAAUAAUGAACAUUCUACAAGGAGAUUAACCAAUGACUGUACCUGUGUAGCUCAGUAUACUAUUUGCACAGAAAUGCUGAUUACUACAGGGCAUUGCUCAACCAGAAAAUUUGAAAGGAAGUGUCUGAAUUACUGGAAACUGUAAUUUCUGUUGUUCUGUGCCCAUCCACCCAGAAGCCACCAAGAAUGAAUGAAAAUGACUUUACUGUUGGGAUUCUAACAGUUAAAUGUACUGUUGACUGAAGACAGGUCUGUUUUCAAACAUUGGAAAUGCCAUUCCUAGUGUCUUUUUCCUCUCAGGGCAACGUGCUGUUUUAUUGUAAACAGUGGGAUUUUCUUGUAUGGAUUUCUAAAUGGUUAUUCAUGAGGCUGGUUGAUUGCAUAUCUUAUUGUAAAGAUCUUUGCAAUUAAUAUCUAAUUUGUUUACAAGUGUGCACGAGAAAGCGAACUCCCAGAUCUACACAUUAUAAGCUGAUGUUUUCAGAAUUUGAUUUCAAACUUUUCAACAUUCCAUGUUUUAAAAUAAACAAAUUCAGCACCUUUCAUAUUAUGUGCUUUAAAAUGUGGUCUGUUUUCUUAACUUGUUCCAUUAAUUCUAUGUAAGCACAUUGAAUUUGCAUCUAUAAUUUUGACACUGUGACCCCGACUAAAUCAUUCAACAAUGUAAUUGUUUUGCACAUUGUGUAUCUUAUGAAGGGUUAAUAGUGCAAUAUUUAAUUCUGACCUUUACCUAGUGGUUCUAGACAGCAUACUCUCAUACUUCCUACAUCAACUGCAAAUUCACAAAUGGAAAUUAACUGAGAUUAAUAUACUUUUGAAUAAAUAUAGUAAAAGGCUCUGUACACAAUAGUUUUUAAAUCCUCAUGUUCGUUUGCAAAAUACACUUUUGUAUUGUUUUUAAACAAAGAAUUAACCUUUUUUAAAUUUCCUGGCAAACAUUUUAUUGAACAUUUGAAAACUUGGAAUGUCAAAUCGGACUGAAUGUAAGAUUCAGUUGCCAGUACCUGAGCUGUUUUAGGUGAGGCAGAGAAGGUAAAUUUACAUAAAAUUAUAUAGUGGAAUAUAUCUUAAAACAUAGACUAAAGUCUGCUGGCAUACAUCACUGGCACUUUGCACACACUGAGAAAACCUACACCCCAAAGGCUGCAGCAUUUCAAGAAGGCUGCACACCAUCACUUCUCCAAGAAAUUAAGGAUGGAUACUAGUUGCUGGCCUAGCCCGUGAAUAAAUUAGACUGUACAAAAAACAAAUCUAACAAUGAUGAUGCCUCCAGAAUAACCCAAUUUUAGUGGUUUCUCAUAGAAGUAAUUUAGUAAUAUAUUUAGAAACAAACAUGAACUGUGCACACGUAAAUAGUGUUAAAGCAUAUAGUAUCUCACAUUCUCUGUAGGCUUGGAACAGGCAGCAGGUUUUUGAUUUCAGAAUUGUCUUUAUUAGAAAAUCAAUUUUAUUUGUGAAAAUUAAUCAGGACAGAGGAUCAGGUUAUUGUAUCUACCUGAGUUAUUUUGGCCUAAAACAUGGUCGCUAUUUUUGCUAAUAUUUUUAGACCACUGACAACUUCCAAUAAUUCUUAACUUUCUAGCACAUCACCAAAUCAAAGCAUGACCAUUAACUGAAUUUUUCAUAAAGUAUUUAUGUUGUAUUCAUAUUUAAGAUUGUAGUAGCUGGUAUCUGGUCACUAACAGCGCUGUAGGGGAUCAAAGGUCAAAAUUGUCCAUUGCCAAUUACUUUUGUCAUCUCCUUUCAUUUUAAAUGUAAUUUGUUGAUGCAUGUAUUUUCUGUAUUUAUCUUCUAGCAAAAUUAAAGAACUGUAGAGCAUAUGUUGUUAGUGUCAGACAAUUAGAGAACCUGUUUACUUUUACAUGAUAUUAUAUUCUGCACCCAGACCCUGGUGAAUGCUGCUUAAGUUACUUGAUGGGAGAUGAGCAGACACUGUGUUCAUUGCCUUAGCCUUCAGAGUUCUUUGUUUCCUGUAGAUAAGUGCCUGAGUUCCACUUGAUGCCUUUUUUCAAGGUCCAGCCAAGUCUUGUGAACCCACCACAUGGGUGGUGUAAGCUAUACUUCCUACUGCAUGUUUUCAGUAAGCACUGAAAUCUGAUUUACAACGUUUCCUGGUAUGAGUGACUGAAAUGGCUCAACUUAUUUCAAUUUUUCUGUCCUUUUUCCUGUUUAAUGUUUUGCUUCCUUCAAAACAUAGGGUUAAACAAUAAUGAAGACAUUGUUAAAGUCAAAAAGUUAGAGGUCAAAACUUUGUCAAUCUUCCAGUUCAUUACCUCACCUGAAUUUUGUAGAUGUUUGGAUUUUUUUUUCCCCAAUCCUCUUAAAAGACUGUAGCAUUUUCAUUCACCUAAAGAUUAGAUAUUUUUAAAAAAUAGAAUUGCUUAUGAUUUAUUCACUAUAUACCAAGAGCUUUCCCCUAAUACUUGUAGUUAAGUCUUGUGUGAAAUAAUAUCUUCUUUUGGUACAUUUUAAGUUAUUUCUUGGCCAUUUUGACUCCUCCCAAGUCAGGAUUUUCCUUUUACCAGUCAUCCGUCGUAUUUGAAAUAAGGGGUGAAUGAAGUUAAGUUAAAGAAUCUACGAGUGAGACUAAAUCAUGGUGAAGCGGGACUAAGCAUUUGGCACUUUAAGCCAGGGAAACAUUUCUGAUGAAAUCCAACCUUAAGCAACAUUCCAAAUGAAUAUUAGCUACAGGUGUAAAAUCAAACGGAACGUAUCUUGCAGAUACAUCAUGUAUUCUGUCUAAUUGUAAGUGGUUCAUUUAAAAAUAAAGUGCUAUUAAUAAAAA